AUGAAGAUUGCGUUUUUCUCGUCGCACAGCUACGACAUUGAGACGAUGGAACGUGCUGCACAAGAGGACGACGUCACCCCCACGCACGAGCUCCAGUUCUUGCGCUCACGUCUUGACGCCAAUUCGGCCAAGUUGGCCGAAGGCUGCGAAGGGGUCUGUCUGUUUGUCAACGACAUUGCCGACGCUGCUGCGCUCCGUGCACUGCACGCAGGCGGCACGCGGGUCAUCUUUCUUCGCUGUGCCGGGUUCGACCGGGUCGACCUCAAGGUGGCCACCGAAGAGCUCGGGAUGCCAGUGCUUCGCGUGCCCGCGUACUCGCCGCACGCGGUCGCCGAACAUGCGGCGACGCUGAUGAUGACACUGAACCGCAAGAUCCAUCGCGCGUACAACCGCACGCGCGAGCAGAACUUUCGCUUGGAAGGUCUGUUGGGCUUUGAUGUCCAUGGCAAGACGGUGGGUGUCGUUGGUACGGGUAAAAUCGGCGCGCUCUUUGCUCGCAUUGCUGCUGGGUUUGGCUGCACAGUGCUGGCGUAUGAUGUGAAAGAGAGUCCCGAAGCUCAGAGCUAUGGUGCCACGUAUGUGUCGCUUGACGAGCUCUGGGCUCGCGCGGACAUUGUCUCGUUGCACUGCCCGCUGACGCCGUCGACAAGACACUUGGUCGAUGCAGAGAGCAUUCCGAAAAUGAAGGACAAUGUCAUGAUUAUCAACACGAGUCGCGGUGGCCUCAUUGACACGAGAGCUCUGGUGAACGGACUGAAGAGUCGCAAGAUUGGCUCGGUCGGUCUCGACGUGUUUGAGGGCGAGGGCGACUACUUCUACUCGGACCGCUCGGGUGGCAUCAUUGUGGACAACACGCUCGCGCGUCUCUUCACGUUUCCAAACGUGAUUAUCACUGGCCAUCAGGCGUUCUUCACGAAAGAAGCUCUCGACAACAUUGGCCACACGACAAUGAGCAACAUCAAAGCGUACGACGCAAAGGAGGAGCUGGUGAACGAGGUCAAGUAA